UUAUUAUAUUUAUCAAACUAUUUAUAUAUUUACCAAAAAUCAAUAUUCCUCUUUGAUUUUUGAUAUCGCAUUGAACGUGUUAGUAUUCAAUGAUAUGUACAUUAUCGAGAUUUUCUCUUAUGGCGGAUGACGUGAACGACCACGUCAUAAACUCUUCCAAAAAAUGUUCGAAACAAAUAAUUUUCCAGUCGUGCCAAAAAGAGAAAGAAGUGAGGAUGAUGAUGUUUCUUUAUCAAAUUCUCAAUCAUCGACAUUUGGAAGGAUAAAAAAUGUCAAGAAGUUUUUAUCCGAAGAAACAAUGGUGGAUAUUUUUUUAGACACAGAUAGUGAUAAUAAUUCGGAUUUUGAUUGUUCUACAACAGAUGUUUCACAAGAAGAAUGUGAAGAAAGUGAUCAAGAAAUAUCUUUCUCUCAAUCUACUUCACCUUGGUUUAAAUCAGGUACUUCUAUGAUUAUAUGGCAUCCUGUUCGGCCUAUUGCUCCAAGCAUUUCUUUUAUUGGAAAUCCUGGCCUUUUAACAUCUAUGACUUCUGAAGAACCAAUAGAUUUUUUUCGUUUAUUAGCCAAUGAUAAAUUAUUUGAUUUAAUAUUAUGCGAAACGAAUAUACAAGGGCGUAAAUUAUUGCAAUCCUCAACUUAUCGUAAAUCUAGGAUAAAAAGUUUUAAAGAAAUAACAAAAAGAGAUCUAGAGAUUUUUCUAGGAUUAAUAUUUUUAUCCGCAAAUAUUCGAGCUCCCUCUUUUGCCCAUUAUUGGAAAAAAAAUGAUUUAUAUGAUUUUCCAUCCUUUUCUAAUGCAAUGCCAAGAGACAGAUUUCAUAAUAUAAUGUGCGCUUUAUAUUUUUCUAAAAAUCCUGAAACAGAACAAUCCAAGUUAUCAGAUCCAUUAUACAAAAUUCGGCCACUUCUUGAUCAUUUUAAUAAUACAAUGCGAGAAAUUUAUUAUCCUCGAAAAAAUUUAAGUUUACAUGAACCUAUGUCAUUAUGGAAAAAUAGUUUAUACUUUCAUCAGUAUAUAAAAAAAAAAUCGCAUAAAUUUAGAUUAAAAUUUUAUAUGCUGACCGAACCUAAUGGACUUGUAUUGCGUAAUUUAAUUUAUUGUGGUUCACGAGAUCCUGUUAUUGGAGGAAUUGGACACAUAGAAAAAGUUUUAAAAAUGUUACUUACGGAUUUUUUGGGAAAGGGACAUUCAGUUUUUUUUGAUAAAUAUUAUACAAGUAUAUCAUUAGUUAGAGAGUUGUUGUAUAAUAAUACUUAUUCAACUGGUGCACUAAGAUCGAAUAGAAAAAAUAAUCCUCUCGAUGUUAUACGAAAAAAAGUUAAAAAAGAUGAAGUAGAAGCACGCUACACUCCUGAAGGUAUAUGUAUUCUAAAAUGGCAUGACAAGCGAGAUAUAAUAAUGAUUUCAUCUGAAUAUAAACCAGAUCUAAUAAAUUUAAAAAUAAAGAAUGGUAAAGAAGUACAAAAACCAGAGAUGGUAGAUAAAUAUAAUGAUUGUAUGAAUGGAAUUGAUCAUGCCGAUCAAUUUUUGACAUAUUAUCCAUGCGAGAAAAAAACAAUUCGAUGGUAUGUGAAAGUAGCCUUACAUAUAUUUCACAUUAUUAUGAAUAAUGCGUAUUUGUUACAUCGACAAAAUGCAAGACAAAAAAUGACAUUUCUAAAAUUUAGAGAAGCGGUUAUUGAUGAACUUAUUUAUAAGAAUAAGCCCCGCUUACAUGCAAUCUACAAACCAAUGGGAAACAAUGUUCAUUUGCCAGCAAUAUCAGGCCAGGGAGGAGAGAAAAAAACACGCAAGAGGUGUAAGAUCUGCUAUGCUAAAGGUGUAAGAAAAGAAGGAUUAUUUUAUUGUCCAAUGUGUCCAGAUAAACCAGGUCUCUGUCUUGAUAAAUGCUUUGCGGAAUAUCAUAAUUAUACAUAAAUAUACAUAGUAUAAAUAUAGUAUAUAUUAAUUUUAUAA